AAACGCACAAAGAGCGCGGGUAAGAAUGACAGCACUACAGCGUUUAUCGCUAAAGAGACCGCCGGACACCCUGGCCCUUAUUGUGCGUGCGAUAAUCAUGGCGGUCAUCACUUGGUAAAAACCAGCACGCUAAACCGCUUUUAGUUCAAUUUCAUCCUGGUCUGAUCAGUGUCUCCGAUUAAACAUAUAAUGAGAUUCCAUUACACGGACACCAGUCAGGUAUUGGCCGCCAGUGCCAUGGGACUAAGGCCCCGCCCACAUCCGGACACUACAUCCACCAUGCUGACUUUUCGCGGCAAAAAUAUUCACGCCCAUAAACAGUUCCUGCUCUCCUAUUGGCUAUCGGGUUUGAGGUCUGUAGUUUCCCCGAAAGCUUUCCAAGGAUGCUGGGAGCUGUAGUGGAACUAGAGUUGAAAAGGCGAUUGGAGAUCACUGAGUGAUAUACUGGGAGCAACUCCCUUGCAGUAACAUGAUUGGUCAGUACUUAUACGAUUAUUGAACUCUUCAAAAUCUACAUUUGAUCUAACCAGUGGGAUAAUUUCAUGGAUAAAUUUGUAAUAAAAAAAUCAGCAGCUAAAAGCAAAAGAGGUCUUAAGGAUGAAAGCUCGGGAAGUACGGAUUUCAACAAACUAGAUGAAGAACCACGAACAAAGAAAAGAAAUGCUGACCAAGACACCUUCCAUUUAACUUCAGAUCAUUUCACAUGGAAGAGAAUACAAGCAGAGAAUCUUAACUGUGAUUACACAUCUCUGUUCAGUAAAAAUGAAGCAGAUGAUAUUUUUCAACAGCUAGAAAAGGACAUAGUCUAUUUUUCAGGGAAUCUCAGUCAAGUUAUGGUUUAUGGAAAAUGGCAUAAUGUCCCAAGAAAGCAAGUGAUGUAUGGGGACGAGGGAUUACACUACACAUUUUCUGGGAUUACCUUGUCUCCUAAACCUUGGAUUCCAGUUCUAGUCCAUAUAAAAGAGAGAUUACAGUUAGCCACUGGGCACUCCUUCAAUUUUGUGCUGAUUAACAGGUACAAGGAUGGAAAUGAUCAUAUCGGUGAGCACAGAGAUGAUGAAAAAGAGCUAGUCCCACAGAGUCCAAUCGCCUCUGUGUCCUUUGGAGCCUGCCGAGAUUUCAUCUUUCGUCAUAAAGAUGCUAGGUGUAAAAACCCUAUGUGUCAUAUUCAACCUGUGAAGGUGGAACUGGCCCAUGGUAGCCUACUUAUGAUGAACUAUCCCACUAAUGUCUACUGGUAUCACAGCCUUCCUGUUAGGAAGAAAGUAUUUUCCCCCCGGGUCAACCUAACGUUUCGAAAUAUAAGUCUAGAAAGUUCAAAAUGAGUUCAAUUUAGUACACUAGCAUUAACAAAAAUAACUAUAUACUCUUUUUCUGAAAUUUUAUUCUGUGCAUCUGUAAUUGUUACACUGCAUCAUAUGGUUUGACCCUGGGCUGCCUAUUACUGCUGUACAAUGAGAAAAAGGAAAAAGCUGUUGCAAGCUAAUGGUAUAUAGAGAUAUUUGUUAGAAAUAGGUGUAUUUUAAUGUGAUCUCUCCCUGUUCAAUUCUAUUUGUCUGAUUAUAUAUUGCUACCCACAAGCAGCCUGAAUGAAAUCAGGCCACAGUAAUCAAAACUAAAUAAUUGAAUGUAUUUUAUAAAAACUGGCCAUUGCCUUGGAU